GGGUGGGACAGCGGGCGGGGACAGUGCUCCACGCCACUUACUGCUGAAAUGUGAUGGACCUGGGAGGGGGAGACUCAGACUUGUAUCAAACUUCGCAAGAGUUGACGGCAAGAGGCUCAAGGAGAAGGCGAGGCAGAGUGAUUAGGAGAAAGGUCUCUACACAAUUCCCCAAGCAAGCGAGGACUGUACACACUUCCGCAGCAAGAGUCCCAAAGACAAGGAGAAACCCUUGAGUAAUUUCUAACCCUUCUCUUCUUCCUCCUCCACAAUAUGCUGAAAGCUAUUCGGACUCAGCUUUGCUGAACUCUUAUGGUGGAGUUUUCCGCCGGUUCGCUGUGGAUCUAAUGACACUACAAAGACGCUAGGAUCGCUUCUUAAACUUUGCGUUGUGAGGGGCCCUUUAGGAGAAGCUCAUUGUGGUAGGAUUUUCUGUCGUCGUUGUUGGAAGUUCAGAAAGUCCCGAAGAAAGGUAAAGGGUUCUGCUGCUUAGGUCCCUUUGGGAAGAUGGGAAGCAAGGCUCUUCCAGCUCCGAUCCCACUCCACCCUUCACUGCAGCUCACUAACUACUCCUUCCUCCAGGCUGUGAACACCUUCCCAGCAGCUGUGGACCACCUACAAGGUCUUUAUGGACUCAGCGCGGUGCAGACCAUGCAUAUGAACCACUGGACAUUGGGAUAUCCCAAUGUGCAUGAAAUCACCAGGUCUACCAUCACGGAGAUGGCUGCAGCUCAGGGCCUGAUGGAUGCCAGAUUCUCUUUCCCAACGCUACCUUUCGCCACACACCUCUUUCACCCAAAGCAAGGGGCCAUUGCCCAUGUAAUCCCAGCUUUACAUAAAGACAGACCCAGGUUUGAUUUUGCCAAUCUGGCCGUGGCCGCCACGCAGGAGGACCCACCAAAGAUUGCAGAUCUGACCAAGCUGAGUCCAGGACUUGGAAGUCCCAUCUCAGGGAUCAGCAAACUGUCUCCGGACAGAAAGCCUUCCAGGGGCAGGUUACCUUCCAAAACGAAAAAAGAGUUUAUCUGCAAGUUCUGCGGCAGACACUUUACCAAAUCCUACAACCUGCUCAUCCACGAGAGAACCCACACAGACGAGCGGCCCUAUACCUGUGACAUCUGCCACAAGGCUUUCCGGAGACAGGACCACCUCCGAGACCACAGAUAUAUCCAUUCCAAAGAAAAACCUUUCAAAUGUCAGGAAUGUGGGAAAGGAUUCUGCCAAUCCAGAACUCUAGCAGUUCAUAAAACUUUACAUAUGCAGGAAUCUCCACACAAAUGCCCCACAUGUGGAAGAACCUUUAAUCAGAGAAGUAAUCUGAAAACUCACCUUCUUACCCAUACAGACAUCAAGCCCUACAACUGUGAGCAGUGCGGCAAAGUGUUCAGGCGAAACUGUGAUCUGCGGCGGCACAGUCUAACUCACACCCCGCGGCAGGACUUCUAGAGCAGCCAAGGACCUGCACCUGCCUCUGCAGCUCCAAGUUGCUAAUUUUGCUCAAGGACUUAAUUGUAGAAAGCUACACACACACACACUGGGGCCGAGACCGCAUACCACACUCCAGCAAAAUUCCCUUAGGGAGUUGUGGACUGCAGGAUCGGGCUCCACUCCUAUCCACACAAAGAGCAUAUGCUAGUCUCUUGUAGAUAUUCGCAGCUCAUUUUAGAGCUCUGUACAGAAUGUGGUUUUAUUUUUUUUCAUAUUGUCCUGUUGGAUGCACAUUGAUAACAAAUCUGGGAGUCAAAAUAUCUUUAAAAAGUGUAUUUCAAAAUAAAUCCCCCCCAUACCUCCUGCUUUGUCGUAUUACUUUCCUAAACAUUUUGUUCUUCUGCUGUGUCAGCUGCAAUAGUAACUUAUAUUGAAUAAAUUUCCCCAUCUGGGCAAUUGUAUUGUCACAACGUUUCUGAAAAGUGUUCUUGUUUUCGCUUUUAUGACUGCUGCUUUUGUGUUAUCUAUUGUAAAAUAAAAUGAAAGUGCCCGUAUUUACAACUCCAUUGCUUAAUAGCUUGAAUGUCUACAUUAAGUAUUAGCUUUUGUAAUUUUUUUUAUUGAAUUAACGACUUUUAAAAAAGAAAUAGCUGCAAAUAAACAGUGCCUGGGAAAUAAUGUAUGCAACAAU